CUGUUCUAUUAUUUGCGAAGGAUUAACUUCACCAUUAAUUCCACAGAUGGCUGCAGGAGCGAGAUAGCGGGUUUCUCUUCGAACAGCUGUUUAGAACCGGCGCUGUCCACGAAUUCUCGAAAGCCGGUUCUAUUGAAAAAAUAAGUGUUGUGGCGUAGAAUACUGGGGAAUGGGAGAGAGAGACUGGCGACCUUUUGUUUACGGUGGUCUGGCCUCCUGCAUUGCAGAGUUGGGCACGUUUCCUAUUGAUACUACUAAAACUCGUUUACAAGUUCAAGGUCAAAAGUGUGAUAAAAAAUGCGCUUCUUUAAAUUAUCGUGGAAUGACUGAUGCAUUUUUAAAAAUUUCUAAACAAGAAGGUUUCAUUGCAUUAUAUUCUGGAAUCUCUCCUGCUGUUUUAAGACAAGCCACCUAUGGAACUAUUAAAUUUGGAUCUUAUUAUUCAUUAAAACAAUUUUUUGAGAAUGGGGAAGAAAGUGUUCGGACUAAUAUAUGCUGUGCAGUUGUUGCCGGAAUGGUUUCUAGUGCAAUAGCAAAUCCCACAGAUGUUUUGAAGGUCAGAAUGCAAGUUCUCGGAAUGGAUAAUAAUAGGCUGGGAUUGUUUGCAUGUUUUAAAGAUAUUUAUAAACUUGAAGGCAUAUCUGGUUUAUGGAGGGGCGUUGGACCUACUUCACAGAGAGCUGCUGUUAUCGCUGCUGUCGAACUGCCUAUUUAUGAUUUUUGUAAACAUACCUUGAAAUCAAAAAUAGGAGAUUCUGUUUCUAAUCAUUUCAUAUCCAGCUUCAUAGCCAGUUUAGGAACGGCAAUCGCAUCAACACCUUUAGAUGUUAUAAGGACACGCCUUAUGAAUCAAAGAAAAUUUAUCAUCACUGAUAGGAAGUCCAGUAAUCUUUAUAAGGGGAGUUUGGAUUGUUUAAUUCAGACAGUGAAAAAUGAAGGAAUAAUGGCACUUUACAAAGGAUUCAUCCCCACCUGGAUUCGAAUGGGACCUUGGAACAUAAUAUUUUUCGUUACAUUUGAACAAUUAAAAAAAAUAUUUUGAAUAAAAAAAAAAUGAAAAAUAAAUAAAGCGUGUUGUAUAA